AACAAUCCCCAGUUCCCAUCUCCACCCCAUUCUUUCUCAUCUAUGUCUUCUAAAGGUCCAUGAAUUCCAUCAUGAUAAACACCCCACAACCACUUGUUUGAUCCUUCUUUCUUCACCUACUACCAUCCAUCGCUGCAGCAACAACAACAACAACAUCGAGGAAGAGAGAGAGAAGCACAUCUCCAGAAGAUGAGAGCAGGUGGUUGCGCUGUGCAACAAGCCUUGACCCCGGAAGCAGCAGCUGUUGUGAAGCAAGCCAUAAACCUAGCUCGACGGCGAGGACAUGCACAGGUGACGCCCCUCCAUGUGGCCAACACCAUGCUUUCGUCUUCCACCGGCCUCCUCCGUGCCGCCUGCCUCCGGUCGCACUCCCACCCGCUGCAGUGCAAGGCUCUGGAGCUUUGUUUCAACGUUGCCCUCAAUCGCCUGCCGGCCUCCUCUUUAUCCACUCCCAUCCUCGGUCCCACCCAAACCCAUCUCCACCACCACCACCACCACCCUCCGUCCCUCUCCAACGCCCUCGUAGCGGCCUUCAAGAGAGCUCAGGCCCACCAGCGCCGCGGAUCCAUCGAAAGCCAGCAGCAGCCGCUGCUUGCGGUCAAGAUCGAGCUCGAGCAACUCAUCAUCUCCAUCCUCGACGACCCAAGCGUGAGUAGAGUCAUGAGAGAGGCUGGCUUCUCCAGUACUCAAGUUAAGAGCAAUGUGGAGCAAGCCGUAUCCAUGGAGAUAUGUGCAUCCGCUUCUCCCACCCGUAGUCCUGGCAAGCCCAAGGACUCCGUCACUCACCUCACCACCCCACAAAAGACCAAAACGAGGUCUCUGCUUCAAGUGAAGAACGAGGAUGUGAUGAGUGUCGUUGACACUUUGGUCAGCGGGAGGCGGAGGAGGAUCGUGAUAGUGGGAGAGUGCUUGGCUACCGCAGAGGCUGUCGUUGGAGCAGUGAUAGAUAAAGUGGACAAAAAAGAGGUGCCUGAGGGUUUAAGGGACGUACAGUUCAUAACACUCCCUCUCCUCUCGUUUAAGCAUAUGCCAUUGGAGGAGGUUGAUCAGAAGAUUGGGGAGCUGAGGUGCUUCGUGAAGAGUUGCUGCGUGGAGAGAGGGGUUGUCUUGUACUUGAAGGAUCUCAACUGGGCUGCCGAGUCCAGAAUUGUUCGUGGGGAGAAGGGAAGAACUUAUUAUUGUCCUUUGGAGCAUGUAAUCAUGGAGAUUAGGAACUUGAUCUGUGGUGGAUUCGAGGGAGCAAAUAGUAAUGAGAGGCUUUGCCUCGUGUCGGCCGCAACAUAUCAGACCUACAUGAGAUGUCGGAUUGGGAACCCUUCAUUGGAGACUCUCUGGGGCCUUCAGCCUCUUCAAAUUCCUGCAGGAGGCUUAGGAUUAAGCCUCGACUGUGACAGUGAUCUAAACCAAAUGAGAAGCAAAAUUGGUGGAGCUGCGCAACUUCUGCCUCCGGCAGAAGAUGAAAUAGGAAGUCAUCUCGCGUGCUGCGCCGAUUCUUCUAUCAAUUUUGAAGCUGAAGUUGAAAUCUUGCGCAACCCUUCUUGUGGUAGCCACGGUUCGAUAUCCUCAAGCUUACCUUCGUGGCUCAAAAGAUAUAAAGAAGAGAACACCAGAGCAAACAACGUCGAUCAGGGCUGUCUCCGACUAAAAGAUCUAUGCGGGAAAUGGAACUCCAUCUGCGGUUCAUCCCAUAAAACCAGUACUCAUAGAUCUGAGAUAACAACUAAUUGCUCUUCAGUUUCUCCAUCUUCGUCUUCCAUCUGCACGUACGGUCAUCACAUUCCCAGCUUGCAACAGAGCCACCAACCUUGGACUCUAUCUCUCGGGGCAAAACACCCAUCUAGAGGACACAUCUUGGUGGCAGAAGCUGUCGACGAGGAACCUGAACAUAAUUCAAGAAUCAACGAUCGAGAGAAUGCAGGGCAAACAUUGCCGAUCUUACCAUGUGUUUACCCCGAGUCAAACCCUAACUCAAAUUCUUCGAGUGGUACCAUGGAGAUCGAGUUCCUUUCCAGAUUCAAGGCGCUCAAUGCCGAGAACCUAAAUGCCCUCUGCAAUGCACUGGAGAGAAAGGUCAGCUGGCAGCAGGAUAUAAUACCUGAGAUCGCGAGUACCAUCCUCCAGUGCAGGUCGGGAUUGAUAAGAAGGAAAGAUAAGCGGAAGCCUUCAGAGAGAAAGGAGGAGACGUGGCUGUUCUUUCAAGGAAGUGACACCGCAGGCAAGGAGAGGAUAGCUAGAGAGCUCGCCAGACUCGUCUUUGGUUCUUACACCAACCUCAUCACGGUUGGACUCGGUAACUUGUCGUCGACACGGUCCGACUCCACCGAAGACCCUCGGAAUAAAAGGUCGAGAGCAGAAGCCAGUCGUAGCUAUCUCGACUGCCUCUUUGAAGCCCUACGCGAGAACCCACACCGUGUUAUCACGAUGGAAGACAUCGAGCAGGUAGAUUACUACACUCUAGCGAGCAUCAAGAGAGCCAUGGAGGGAGGGAGGCUACAGAGCUACGGUGGUGAGGAAGUUGGUCUUUCUGAUGCUAUCGUCAUCUUGAGCUGUGAAAGCUUCGAUUCCCGGUCAAGGGCUUGCUCGCCUCUAGUUAAGCAGAAGGCCGAGGCCGAAGACGAGAAGCAAGAAGCGUCCGAGGAUGUGGAUACGUGCCAUUCGAUAGAUUUAAAUGUUUGUGCCGCAGGCGACAUAGAUCUCGGGACCUUUGACAAUGCCGGGGUGAUUGAAUCUGUGGACAGGGCGUUCUUCUUUAAGUUGCCUGAGGAAAUAUAAUUUGUUUGUUUAUUCAGAUCUUGAGAUAUAUGUUCGAUAUUUUUCUUUGAAUGAGAGGAACCAAAAGCUAUGGUGUUUAGGUUACGUUUGCAUGUAGGGGAAGAUUGUAUAUUAGUAGUUAUCUUUGUGUAAGUAAUUACGAGUUCUCUUGGGAUUAUAUUGACCAUCUCAU